GUCGGAGCUGAGGCGGGAGCGGAGCGGAGCGUUGGUGCCGACGACGACGACGACGACGAGAAGCCCUCCUCAUGGCUCCGCUACCGGGCCCCGGCGCGGCCCCGCGGCUGCUGCUCCUGCCGGCCUCGUCCCCGCCUCAGCCCUGCCAGGCCUCGACCUCGCCGCCCCGCAAGCGGCAGCGCCUGGCCCACCUCAGCCCUGAGGAGAAGGCCCUGCGCCGGAAGCUGAAGAACCGGGUGGCGGCGCAGAGCGCGCGCGACCGCAAGAAGGCGCGCAUGGGCGAGCUGGAGCGGCAGGCCGUGGAGAUGGAGGCCCAGAACCAGAAGCUGCUGGCCGAGAACCGGCUGCUCCGGGAGCGGACGCACAGCCUGGCCUUGGAGAACCAGGAGCUGCGCCUACGCCUGGGCCUGCCGGCUCUGGAGGUGGGCCCCCACCCAGAAGCAGCACCAGCACCAGUAGCAGCGCUCAAAAUGGAGAUGCUGGAACACCCAGAGGAGGAGGAAGGUGACGACGAUGACAGCAGCAGCAUUAGCACCAGCAUUAGGGUAGCGACCGGGUCCGCUGAGUCCGCAGCACUUAGACUAUGUGUUCCUCUGCAGCAGGGACAGGCCCAGCAGUCGCCUGCCGUGGUGGUGGUGGCGAAGGCAGCCUCCGCCUGGAUUCGGAUGGCUUCGAUUCUUCAGAUUCUGAGUCUGAUCUCCUCUUGGGCAUUCUCGACAGCCUGGAUUCAGACCUCUUCCUGCGCUACAGCAGCACAGAGGCAGCCUGCUUGGAGAGGCUGCAGCAGGAGGUGUGUGGAGGACAAGCAGAUUCAUUACCAGCCUCCCCCUGUUCCUCUCUGGGGCCCGCAUCACCCAAGCUGGAGGCCGUUAAUGAACUGAUCCACUUUGACCAUGAGUACACCAAGCCCUUUUUCUUGGAGAUUGUGCCGGAGGGGGCCAGCCAAGCCAACGUGCUAGUGAGAAUAGAGGAAGCAGCU